GGCGGCGUCCGGACACAUCGGGAUACUGGGGUGGCUCCUACACACCGCCCAGUCAGUGUGGACCCUCCCCGUCAUCACAGACAACCAGGGCUACACGCCACUACACUUGGCCUGCUACAACGGAGUCAGAGGUCAGUGGGAAUGACCUCACCCUCAUAGACCUGGGUGACCCCAUCAUUGACGGUGAUGUUAUGAAGGAAGACAGAGAGGUUGAGAGACAGACCAAGUUGGAAGAGGCUGUUCUAGAGACAGAUAUCCCAACUCUGUCACUAGAGGCUGAAGGAGAGAUUGAGAUGCAGGAGGCUGAUCUGAAGACAGAUGGCACAUCUCAGUCACAGGAGGUUGAAGGAGAGAGUGAGUUGGACGAGGCCAUUGUCAUCCCAUCUCAGUCACAGGAGGAGGCCAAAGGAGAGAGUGAGUUGAAUCAGGUUGAUCUGAAGACAUCCACAUCAACUCUGACACUGGAGUUCGAAGGAGAGAGUGAGUUGAAUCAGGUUGAUCUGAAGACAUCCACAUCAACUCUGACACUGGAGGUCGAAGGAGAGAGUGAUUUGAAUCAGGUUGAUCUGAAGACAUCCACAUCAACUCUGACACUGGAGGUCGAAGGAGAGAGUGUGAUGCAGGAGAGUGAUGAUGUAGAAACAGCCGGGCCAUCUCAAUCCCAGGAGACUGAACGAGUGGCAAAGGCUGCAGUGGUGACCUUCACUACCAUGACCCGCAAGGCUGCAGCCUCCCAGACCAGCCUCAGCAGGGGAAAGAGAAGCUACCCAGACCUACACACCUUUGUGCAGGACAUGAAGGAUGGCCAUUGGAAUCUGCUGAGUGAGAAUAUGCGUUCCGGGAUGAGCAGAGAUGAGUUUAGUGCUAGGUGCAUGGAUAUUACAAAUUGGGUAAUGGAGUCUACAUCCACUGUGGUCGUUCCCGCCCUUGACCUCACCAUGCAGAUCAGGCUCUCUGAUUCGUCAAGCUCUUCUGGAUCAGGAAGCAAUGUGGCUAGAGAAGUGACCUCUCUUGGCCGCAGCGUCAGAUUCAGCUUUCGUGGUGGACCCAGUAGACGCACCAGUUCAAGAACUACUUGCAGCACACAAACUCCCACGCCUUUCCCCUACUCUCACAGUUCCAUGACCUCUUUGCUGAGUGUUGACGAAGAGCGAUAUGUCUCCUCACCUGAGGGUGGUGAUAGAGAGAUGAGACACAGACCCCACUCGGCACCACUGAGUUCUGUGUUUGGAAUCUCUGAGGAUUCUGUCUUCAACAUGGUCCAGAGAGGCCAGUCACAGAGUGAGAUCGUACUGUCGUCCAGUUGGAGUAGACGGGAGAAAUACAGACCUGUCAAAAUACCAACGGACACCAGGUUUAUGAUGGGUAUUGUAGAGUUGGUAAUGAACCUUCUCAAUUCCAGAUUGGCUGAGCUAAUGCGAAGUUUCAGUCAGGGAACUCUAGGUCCGCUGUCUGGUAGUAUCUCAGCAAGUCAGCAGUUUGCCCAAGAAAUGCUAAGCAUGGUGUCUGCUAAGAUGUAUUCCCAUGCCAUAGAGCAUAUUGCGCACGGCCACAAGUCUCCCCUUGAGUUAGAGAGGGAGCUUGAGGCCAUAUUGGGUCCUCUGGCUGGACAGGUUAUAGUCAUCAUCAUAGAUAGCAUCUUUAAGGCUAAAGCCAACGGAAGAAACGAGGGACGAGCGACCAGCCCCUUGACCUAUUUUCUCACUGCCAUUUCAGCAGAAAUACAAAGCCUAGUUGUUCAGAGAUCGGCUAGCAGACCGUCCACCAGACUGUCCAACAACGACCCACUGCUGAACGUUUCCAAGUCAAAGGUCUUAAGAUCAGUUCUGCUCAAAAUGGCAGAACUCUUUGGCCAAGGUCCAAGUGAAACCUGUCUAGUUCCACUAGUCCAGAGUCAGUCCAACAACUCUGUUUGCGACUGGACUCUGAAUGCAGGCACCGUUCAUCCAAGUCAAUUUCUGUCCCACAACAGAAUGACAGAAGUGUCCUCUGCCAGGGGGGAAGAGACUAAGAAGAACAGGAAGUGGCAUUUCCUACACAAAAUUGUCAAGAUUCCAAAGAUCAGGAUUAAGCUAUUCAAGACAAAAGGGGAACCGAAGAGCCACCCUGAACAGGAUUCUCUGCCUACCAAACGUCUCAGAGAGACUCGUAUUUCACAGGAUGCUGAGUGUGAGGUUCUAUCCACUUCCCCACCCAAGGAGGCCCUGACAACCACACUGGCCCCUGCUCCCCAGGAGUCCCAGUCCCGUAAACGCCCUCUCAUAGUCAGGGUGUUACGAGCUAUCUCCAGAGCCGUCUCCAAACCAUUCAGAAAAGCUUUUGGGAAGAAGAAUUAGCCAAAUGCCGGAUUUUAUUACUAUUUUAAUCAGAGCCUUUAUUUAAUAAAACAUUACUGCAUUGA